UAACCAUGGCCGAAAGGUCUGUUAGGAUUCCACGUGUCCCCUCUGAAGGGCAGCUGGACCCCAACUUCCAGGAGGGGAGGCUGAGGAGGCCGACUCCUGACAAGAGAGAGCUGGACCAGUGGGUGAAGGAGCUGGAGAGAAAGGUGGCGAGGGACAGGAUGAGGGACGAGCUGCGGCGAAUGAGAGAGGCUGUGGACCGAAGGAGGCAAGAGAUGUGGGCAAGACAGUGGGAGUGGCAUAUCUGUCAGGUGGCACUGAAGAAAAAGGAAGAGAAAGAGAGACAAGGUGCCCAGCUGACAGGACUGGAGGAGAGGGUGAUGAGAAAGAGAGAGCAGGAGAGAGAGGAAGAAAGACGCAUAGGAGACAUGGAAGAAAAAGUGAGAGAGCAGGAGACAUUGUUGAAAGAAAAAGUAAAGGAAAACAAAAGACAGAUAAGGGAGAUGAAAGAGAAAGUGAAAGAGUCUGAAAGAAAGAGUCUGAAAACAUGUGAAGGAGGAAGAAAGAUUGAUACAAGAGGUGGAAGAGAAAGCGACAGAGCAGGAGAGACUGUUUAG